UUUUUUUAAUUCUUAUUGCGAUCUGAUCCGAAGCUCCGGAAGUACACUACCUAGUACCGGGACCGUCCACUUCCAUAAGCCUCGCGUUUUUUUUUCCCUUUCUUCUUUUCUUCCUCUUCUCUUAUUGUCGUCGCGCCUCUCGUUAUUCCGUCAUGGCCUAAAUUCCAUAACUUCGUUACGAUCCCAACGUACGAAGCUCCCUUAAUCCGUCCCGCCAGAAUAACAAUAACAACAAAAAGACGAACGAACGGUUCUCCUCCCCUCUUCCCCGGCGCGGCCCAUUCCGGACGCAACCAUGUUUUUCCUCAGCCCCCGCGAUGGCUUCCCGAAAGGCGAUAACUCGACCGACACCAUCUUCCACAAUAUCCAUUUCAAUGCCUCCACGUUAAAUUAUUGGAAUUAUACCUAUUACCCGAUCAACGGCACCCUCUCGAACGGAUCCUGGUGCAUGCUCAUGAACCCGCCUUACACCCCGAAAGGCAUUUUAACAAAUGGUACCUUUAUCAAUAGCACUUGGUGUUACUUGGCAACAGAUCCUAUUGGAGACCGGGCGCGUGCCGGUAUUGGCUUUGCUGUUGGCUUCGUCUUGUGUCUGAUUUUUGUGUUGGUCAACCUGAGGAAGCAUGGCGAAUUACAUCUCCCCGCUGAGAAGAGGUUUUACCCUAUUGGAAGGAGAUGGCAAUGGUACUGGUCGAUAUUCGUUUGCGCCACCGCUCUUGUCGGUCUUUUCACCGGGAUCGAUGUCGACCGAUACCAUGUUGUCGAGCUUCCUAUCGUCUUAAACGUCUUCUUCUGGUUCUUAAUGCAGAUGGGGACCAUAGCAGUGGUUUGGGAGGGUGUUCGCCAUUGGGGUAGCUGGAUGGAACGUCAGUUCAUCGAUCCGAACCCCUUCGUCUAUGACCAAAACGACAAGAGAGGCAUGUUUGAAUUGUGGCUGCCUAUCUUCUUCUAUUUCUGGGUAUGGCUGAAUUUCUUCCUCGUCAUUCCUCGAAAUUGGGGCGCAAUCGAACUCCAGCGAUCUCCCGAACAGACUGUUGAAAACGCUAUACCAGCCGCCACCGAUGGGCGCUUCAAGGCAGCGACAUUUUGUCUAUUUGUCGCUUGGUGCACCAUUCUUGUUUCUGUAUGGCACUCGAUUCGGCAUUACGAGCCGCGAAAUCGCGGGUUCUUUAACCGCAUCAUCGGGUUUUUGGGAUAUAUGCCAUUCCGCUUUACGUUGAUGAUACCCCUUGCACUGGCCGUCGUCGGGUACCAAGGAUUAUGUGCCUGGGACUUCGGCUUGUCGCCUUUGAACGUCAAAACAAGCCUAUUAGCAAUGUAUCUUGGAGGCUACGCCCCAGCUUUCCUCAUCAUUGUCAUACAGAUCAUUGCAGGUUUUAUGCGACCGAACGAAGAUCGCGAACUUAUGCGCCAAAGACGCGAGCGUGGACAGGCUCUGGAUCAGGAGCUGGGUCUCGUCCGUAAGCCCGCUUGGUGGCGCCGAGUCAAUGGCGAUAUACCGGCGGGAGGCAUGAGGGAUAGAAUCAUGCGAAAUGUUCGUGAGGUCGGUGGUGGACGACCUACUACUAGGCAAGUCGAAAUCCUUGCAGAGCGCAGGGCUGCCGAAAUGGAAGCCGAAGGCGCGGCUGAAAGCAGGGGUAUAGAAAUGAAUGAGAUUCGACGCACGAAUAGCACUCGUGCUGGAGCUGCUCCGCCACCGUAUACCCCAUACGGAGGGAAGUCGGGCCAGCGGAGGACCGAGCGUACAGUAGAGCUCGCCGCAGGUCUUCUAUUCCCUGGUGCGAAUAGUAAUACCCCUACUGGCAGAGGAAGAGAUUUAGAAGUCGCCAGUGAGCAAACUCGAAGACCACGGACGGGUGAGAGGAGUUCUAGUACGGCUAGUGGCGUAUCUACUAGUGGACCGCCUCAGCAGAUUAAGAGUAUGUUAGAUGUAUAAGUUAACGGGUAUCAAGUUCGAAAGAAUGGCUUGGAUAGUAUUGGUCGGUCUUUGCUUGGGGCUCAUUAAUGACUGGAUGCGGCGUUAGAAAUGGAUAUUCGGCAUUCAUUAAACACAUACAUGUCUUGAGCUGUGGCGUGCGAACUUCGUUUGAAAAGGGAAAACGUGGGGGUACGUGCUCAGAUUUAUUAUGAUGCAAUCUCUACACGAUAUAUUAGUAUUUAGUGUUUGGAAAUAUAAUAAAUAAAUACGUAGUGUUAUGAUAAGAAACAAAAAACGGCUAUAAUGAGUAAGAGUCGUUAGGAGCUCAGUAUAGGCUCGGUUUGAGGACUCGUUCAGCUUAACGAAGAAAUUGAAAGAUCAAUGCCGAGACCUAUCCCGCGAAUCAACUCCGUGGUCAGUAACUAGCGAUUACGGGAACCAUGCUACUAGCUCUUGGUAUGGAAUCCUCUUAUAAGCUUCGCUGUAGUCUGUUGGAACUUCUCUGCUUAUGUGUGCCCGUGCCUCUUAGGUAGGUAGGUACUUAACCGAGGUUACAAACGGCGAGUUGCAGUAAAAUGACCUAACGCUAAUUUGCCGUCAACAGUAGUU